AGUAGACAAUAAAGGCAACAUAGUCAUGGGUGAGAGGCAGCUGUUAAACAGUACUUUGUAGAUUUUAAAAUAGAAAUUUUAAAAUUCCACUAGAAAUUCUUCUUCACUUACCUGUUUAACAUUGAAUGUAUUUAAUUGUCUUUUGGUAAUCUGAAUUAGCAUUAGCAUGCUGUCUAAUUUUCACUGUGUUGGUUUUGAUAUCUCGGCUUUUGUUUUCAUAAACACAUGAGGGUUUCUGCUGUUCAUGACUGGACAGCAAUAAAGUUUUGCGCUUGCACCUGAAAACAAAUAUCUAAAUAAAGUCUUCCUCUCAGAAUAACUGGGUAAGGACCGAUCAGGAGGACCACAUGAGCACCGCGCACCAGUUCCAGCUAAUGUGCUCUCUCCCCUUCUUCGCCACUGAGCGUCCCUGAACGCGUCCCGGCGCAACAACUGCUGAGAAUCCCGGAGCUCUAACUAGAUGACCAUACCUGCUUGUCACAGGACCGACACAUUGAAGGCAUGUAACAUCUGGGAGGGGCAACGCUGCUGGCUGUGACAGUGUCGGCUCGGUCGGCCGUGAGAAACGGAGGGUUUUCAUCCGGCGCAGACGGGAAAGCUUUCCUGUCUCUCUCGGAGCAGGUCUGCUGAGCUCAGAUGCGCAGAGGCUCCGACACGGCGGAGGUCGCGACGCUGCUGGUGAAUUACAAUCGGGGACACGAGAGCUGCCGUGAACGAGGGGCGACCGGUUUUUUUUUUUUUCUUCUUCUUCUCGCGCAUCACGAAUUGGAGCACGUUGAAUUAACCGAAGCUUUUCUUCAAGGGGAGGAUUUUACACCGUGACCCCCCGCAAACACACACCACCACCACCACCAACCCUCCGAGCAGGAAUGACUCUCCUCGGCUCGGUUUCGCUACAGAGGACCGCGGAGACCUCCGAAGGCAUCGGUCAUGCUCUCUGGGUUCAGCUAUAGACACCUGAACAGAGGUGCAGUGGCUCCCCCUCAUGGUACCUGCUGUAAUCUGAUCUAGGAGAGACUGAUGCUUAUCAACUGCUGACUUGCCAGAAAUGCAACCAUUGACUCUCCGCCUCAAGAAAACACAUGGCUGAUACUGCGAGGUGAGGGCGCGGCUGGGAGCGUGAGUUGUAAAGUCCCCAGAGUUCCAUCACAUGGAGGUCAAAGGACAUCUGAUCACAUCCAUGGGUUUGGGGGCUCCUGAUGUUCAAGGCUGCCAGGACAGCAAGCUGCAGGCUGAGAGGAUUGCAGCUCUGCAAGAGAGGAAGCAGGCCCUGGAGGCUCUCCUCAACUCCAGAGUGGGGGAACUCAAACAAGUCUGUUUGCAGGAAGCAGAGCUGACCGGGAAGUUGCCACGUGCUUUCCCCCUAGAGACGGGAGAGAAACCCCCAGUGGUGCAGCGCAGAGCUGGCCUGGCGCCCAACAGCAAGGCAGAGGAUGAGGCUGCCCAGAGAAAGCAGAUGAAAGCCAUCUUCACCGGUGCUCUGUACAGACACUCAGAAUCGGACCGAAAUGUCCCAAAUAGCAAGAGGACAGUUCAUCGAGGGUGUCACACAGAGGACACUGUCAUGUCAGAGAGUACAAGCUCCAUGUCAGAUUCAACAUCCCAUGACAAUGAGUCUUCUCCCAGCGUGGCCGCUGACCAGCGCUCUCUGUCUCAGCCCCGGCUCACCGUGGGCAGCCCUGACCACAGGAUCAGCAGGAAGCUGUCUCCGGUCGAGAUUUACUACGAGAUGAGGACACGCCGCAACUCUGUCACAAGCUCUGUCAGCCCAACUCACUCUUUACCAAGAAGUGCAUCUAACGUUGAAGGCAGAAGUGUUCCAGCCACUCCUCUCUUGGCCCGAACUGCUCCAAUCAGCGUUCACGUCAGGUCGGAUGCGUCAGGUGGUAAUGGGUUGAAGCAGUGGUCUGGCAGUCUGGAUGUUCCCUACAUGAUUCCACUGGCCCAGGAGGGCUCCUCCUCAGACCGGAGAAGCUGCCCUUACAGCUCCCGGGCCAGGCGCAGUAACAGCUCUGAGGCGCUGCUAGAUAGAUCGAGCCUUCCGGACGAUCCUGCUCCCAGAAACGGGAUGCCCCCCCGAGGAGGGCCCUACAAGAGCUCUGAGACACUGACUGAUGGCAAGCUGCGACACAUUCACCUGGGCAGCCCUGAGAGACACGUGGAUAGCUCUGUGGAACAAGCCAAACUGCGUCUGUCCAUGGGUGGCAGAGGGGCUGGUGGCGGCUACAAUGAGCUACUGAUGGACUAUAUCUGGGGAAAACAGCAGAGGAUGCAGGUGCAGCACCACCUGUACCAGUCCACAGGCAGGAUCUGGCAGGACGGGCCCUCUCCUCGCUCCUCUACUGCAGCGGCGCCUCCCCAUGCCAACGGCUUUUCACAUUCCCAGGUGCAUCUCCCCAGCGCUGCACCUCCUUAUAGCCCCAUGGUCCUCCGAGGGUCCCAGGCUGAGCUGCGCAGGGUCAAAGUCACCAGAACCAAAUCUUGUGGACCCUUUAUUCCUUUGCAGCAACAUUCCCAGGAUGGCAUCCUGCUGUCAGCGUACGAGUCACCCCUUCCUGCCUCUGGCACCACCACAUCCUCCAUCCCCAACCUGCUCCCCUACCAGACCGAGCUGUCUGGCCCCUCCUUCAGCCGCAGACCCCCACAGUUCUCUCUCCCGACCCCAGAGGACUCGACACGAAGCUUGCAUAAAGCCCUGGCUCUGGAGGGACUGAGGGACUGGUACCUGAGGAAUGCCCUCGGCUAUCCUCCUGCUGCCUCCAAGAGCCACGAGGCGGGGAUCUCUCGCCUCUCACACCCCCAUCCGCUGGUGCACCAGGCCCAGUCUGUGCAAGGUGAAACAGCCAACCUCCACAGGUCUUCGAUACCCCAGUCAGCCAGCUUCCAUGGUCACCCGCUGCAUGGAAGGUCGAUGGAGUUCUCUCUCUACCAGGAGACUCCUCAUCCACAGAUGCAAGAAGCGACCCCAAAGGAACCCAGUGCAGACCCAGGCACGCUAGUCUGAAGCAGCAGAACAUAGAUGCACGCACACACACACACACGCACACACACACACACACUCAGACUCACACAGAUAAGUUGAUACAAUGUGACCUCAACAGCAAAGCAAAACACGGCAACCUCAGCAGAAAGAGACUGGAAUAAAUGACAAACUGUAGCUGUACAGUGUGAAAAAGCCUUGGCAAGUUCCCCCCCCCGUUAUAACUAAUCCCACCAGUAUAUGAACUUCAAACCCAGUGAUCCCAUGUGGAUGCGUACCAGAAUUCACUAAUAACAAUAUGGUCAUGCUGUACUUCAUAUAUCAAACCAGUAAAAUCCUUCCUAGUAACCCCGAAAAAUCUCCCGAGAUAUACUUUUUUACAGAAUAUAUUCAACUCUAAAUCACUAUUUUGUAUCUUCUGAGAUAUAAAUAACAGUUAUAUUACAGAGUUAAUUUAUUGCUCAUUAAUCGUGUGAUGUACGAAGAUGUUAUAUGAGCUCACAUCAUUUGAAAAAGUAUUAUUAAUACAUGCCGGUGAAUGUGUGUUUGUGAAACUAUAUAAAACGCAAAAAAACAUGCUUCGGUCUCCAUCUGCCAUUGAUUUCAAAGCCAUUUGUAUUUUUCACGUUUGAUAAACGAAAGGGGCCAUGAACUGUAGCGUGCGGGUGUAGCGGACGGGAGUGCCUAAAAGUUUUAAUAUAAACCUUGGUUAGAAAACUUUAAAAGUGCUUUCUAUUGAUCUGAAAUGUUAGCAGCAAGCCUUGUGAGCGUAGUCUAAUCGAAUAGUGAGAGCAGUUUACGAUGUCACUAAAUUAGGGUAUUUGGAAUGAUGUCAUACAUAUUGUGAUUUUUUUCCGUUUGUUUUCUAGAUUCAGCUCGGUGCUGGCCGAUAAAUGUAGCUUUUCUCUGUGCUGACCUUCACAGAGUAAUUAGAUCAGUUUUAGGACAAAACCUGAGGGCUGUUGUGAGACCUACUGUGUGGCAGUAGCUCGUCUGUAUGACAAAUAUUUACUCAUAUCGAGACGAUUUAUUCUGCAGUUGGUUGCGGAGGAUUUGAGAGUCAUAUGGAGCACUUUAUGAACAUCUUAAGCCUUAAUUCCCUAUGAAAUUGUCUCCAAGAGAGAUGAGAGGCAAUAUGAAGCUUUUGACAGGGUUUGUAAUUGGGGAAAGUUGAGGAAAGCGAGUUUUAUCAACAUCUUCUGAAGGUCUGUUUGAGUCUGUAUAUAGCGUGGAUUGUACUGAUGAGUUUCAAGCUGAUAUUUUAUUCCCGUGCUAACAACGUAAUUUUUUCAACUAACGACAUGAGUAUUUAAUCAGAAUAACCUCCCCGACUCAUUCCACCCCCAAGUGAGCACUAUUUAAUUGGUUGUAAAAAGUGAGGUUGGUGGUUUGAACAGAAUAGGGCUGCUGCAGUUUUGAAUGAUGGUGUGAGCAGGUCUCAUGCCAGUAAAUUUGUUAAUGAGAAUUCAUGCUGGCUGAUUUUUGUAUUUGUAGUGAUUUCAACUCAUUUCAUGUGCUUGUUUGUGUCGUUUCAAAAAAUAAAAAAAAUAAAUUAACACUUCACAUUUUUUAAAGAUCAGAGUAGUUAUGUGUGACGAUGAUAUAUUUGUAAUCGGAGUCUUAGCAGCUGCAGUGUUCAGAAAAAUCAGAAGAUUAAAAUCCUCAAGGAGGCUGAAAGUAUUUGUCUUAUUGUAAACAGAAGUCAACAUAUUUUUAAGUAUUUUUCCAUUGGCCAUGUUGGGACUCAUUUGAAUGUACUUCUUUACGUUUGUCACUCGUGGUGUUGUUUUCUACUCUGUUACAAACUGUAGCACACACCGAAUGUUACCUGGUUUCUUCUGCUGUCUGAUGUGUUCACAUCCUCUCAGUAUCCAGCUUCAUGCAGCUCCUUACAGCUGGUUAAAACCUGAAAUCAAAGACCAAACUGCUGUGCACUGGGGGUCGUAAAUGUAUUUUUCAUAUAAUGUACUCUGUAAGUUUAAAGUAAAUGAUAUAAAUUUAGCUCUGAGGCAAAUUUAUUCAAACUAUAUUAUAUUUAUGAACCUAUAACAUUUUGUAGCUAUCUACUGUAGCUCUUUCUCAUCAGUGCAGGAAUCGGUAAUGUGUGUUAAAUUUAAUUUCAUUCAGCAGUGUGACGUGUCAAUAUUUGAUUCUUCUACUUCUUCUUCUUUUUUUUUGAUAUUUAAGUGCAGCUGUUUUCUCUAUCCCUCCCCUCUUUAUAGCCAGGCCUAUGAAAUAAGACUUUAGGCCCGCCCUAUACUGUAUGUAUGAGACUGUGCAUUCAUUCUACUAAAUAAAGUGUCAUGUUGAAAUCAA